AUAAAAUGAACUUUAUGAAUACUCACUCAUAAUUUAAUAUCUAAAGAAAAACUAUUCCUCGACCUACUAUUUCAAGAUAAUUUACAAGAGAAAAGAGUUAAACAAAUUUAAAUCCAACCACUCCUUCUGUAAGUUACUUUAUAUUAUGAUUAAGACAAAAUUUCGUAUUACGAAUAAUAUUCAACAAAUAAAUAGAGAUAAAAUUUAGAAAGUUAGCGGAAAUUAUUUUAGUCAGAAUGAUGAUACAACUGGAAGUACAAAAAUGUCAAAGGGUAUGAAUUAAUAAUUACUAAAAAAACAUGAAAUUGAAUUUAAGUAAUCUUGGUUUGAAUAAGAAGAUAGAGAAGAAGAGCUUUAAUUUGCUCUUCUUUACUAAACUCUUGAAAAGAUCUUAUGA